CCUCCAUGUGCGGGGCAAGAGUGGUGGAAGCGCGUAGGGAUCCCUUGCGCAUUGAUCGGCUUUAAGGAGUUAAAUGAAGCAGGUAUGCCGAUUUCCCCCCAGGCAGGCGGCAUUUGUAUUCAAGCAGGCUUCUAAUACCUUGUCGCUUUUAAAUAUUAUGUCGUGUUUUCUUUUCCCAAUGGUGGUUCGCUUCUGGCAGUUCUGUGUUCUGAAUAUCGUCGUAAUUUAUUCCUCAACUUGCAUGUUUGUGCUUUGGGCUUUUUCUCCGCUGUGUCCCCUCCCCCUUUUCUUCUAUAAAUCACACACGCACACACCCCAACACUGUUGGCAGGAGGACAACAUGAACGUGCAAAUAUUUGCAAAUGGGAACCGCAACAAAAUGUUGCAACAGGGGACAAGUUGCGCCUUGCUCCUCUGCAGGGUUUCCGCUUAUCAUCCAGGAUACCCCUUUCCGUUUUCUGACACCCAAGAGUCAAUGCGCAUUUUGUGCCCGCUGGCAUUGCCACUCGCUCCUGCUCCCAAGUCCUCUUGCAAACUUUAAGGGUUCCCCCAAACCUGCUGAGAAGUCCUUUCUUGUGUGCAGGUGGUGCUGUUUUGGCUACACAACAAUCUGUGACACAGGCCACGGGGCGAAAACACCAUGGAGACGUAGAGCUUUGCCAUGUCUUUCCCGACUCCAGAUUCUUACUUGGAGCUGUAGUUUUCGCAUCCGCUUCCAGCAAUGGCUGAAGGCAACCUUCCUAGGUUGGUGAAGGAAGGGAAGCUCAUCCUUCUGAAAGAAGAGGUUGCAAAUGUUUGGGAUGUGAAGAAGAGGCAUUAUGGGAAGUCAGCCGACACCCUGCUCCACUACGCAGCCCGGCACGGUCAGCUGAUGAUCCUCACUUACUUGGUCGAGACCUUAGAAAUGGACAUCGAAGUGUUUAACAGCGAUUACAAGCGACCCCUCCACGAAGCAGCCUCCAUGGGUCAUAGGGACUGUGUCUUGUACCUGCUGAACAAAGGAGCUACUGUCGAUUGCUUGAAGAAAGCAGACUGGACUCCCCUCAUGAUGGCUUGUACCAGAAGGAAUCUAGAAGUCAUUCAGGAUCUCAUCGACCACGGAGCAAAUCCAUUAUUGAAGAACAAAGAUGGCUGGAGCUGUUUCCAUAUUGCCAGCCGAGAGGGGGAUCCUGAGGUCAUCCGGUACCUCCUGGAUGUCUCUCCAACCAUUUGGGACACGGAAAGCAAAAUCAAGAGGACUCCCCUACACACAGCAGCAAUGCAUGGACGCCUGGAGGUAGUGAAAAUGCUCCUUGAACGGUGCCACUAUCGACCCGACAGCAGGGACAAAUGUGGCGUCACACCUUUUAUGGACGCGAUACAACACGGCCACCUUGGCAUCGCGCAGCUGCUUCUAGAGAAACAUAAGACUUGCUACACUGCCCGGGACGCACUCGGCGCUCAGCCUCUGCACCAAGCCGCGGUCACAGCGCAGGAUCCCGCCCUCCGGUUCCUUGUUUCAGAUCUCGGCGUUGACGUCAAUGCCAGAGCCACUUCGCUGCAGCUCACAGCCUUGCAUUACGCUGCCAAGGAAGGACACGCAGGGACAAUCGAGACUCUCCUGUUGCUUGGCGCUGAUCUAAAUGCAAAGGAUGGGAAAAAUCGUUCCGGUAAGACCCUUUCACGCUUUGUAUUGGGAUUACGCCGGGCAUUGGCACGAUCAGGCUACCAGUGGGGUGGAUGGUGUAUUAGGGGAGGGGUACUAGCUCUGAUGGGGGACAUGACAGGCGCCUUCUGGGGUCGUUUGUCCACCUUUGGGCCCCACCUUACACUUAGCUCUCACCUGUGCCUCCUGGAAGCAGUCAACAUGCAAUGAGGCGGAGGGAAAGUUCUUUUAUAUGUGGUGGACCUGUAAAAGGGUAAAAGAGUAUUGGGGAAUGAUCCAUAAUGAAUUGAAAAAAAUGUUUAAAAGUACUUUAAAAAAAAAGAGAGAGCGCUCUUUUUGUUGGGGAUAAUUCAGACGGAAAUUCCCAGGUGUUAAUAAAGGUUAUUUAUGUACAGUGGAACCUCGGUUUACGACAGGCACCCCCAAACUUCGGCCCUCCAGAUGUUUUGGACUACAAUUCCCAUCUUCCCUGACCACUUUUCCUGUUAGCUCGGGAUCAUGGGAGUUGUAGGCCAAAACAUCUGGAGGGCCGCAAUUUGGGGAUGCCUGGUUUACGACUACCUCCGUUUAUGGAAACCUCCGUUUACGAGGCAUCGGAUGUGCAGACGCGAUCUGCGCAGCUCGCGCAGAAGCAUGCCUUCGGCGAGCGAAUGCCUCCACGGAACGGAUUGUGUUUGCAAACCGAGGUACCACUGUAUGCCACUACUGCGGCCCGUGUUCUGUUAGCCCCCAAAUGGAAAACAAGGGAGGUCCCAACUAAAGAAGAAUGGAAACUGAAGCUGACGGAAUAUGCACAGCUUGCAGACUUAACAUAUAGAAUAAGAGAACACGAAGAACAUACGUUUAGAGAAGAUUGGAAAAUGUUUAUUGAAUAUAUUGGGGGGAAUUGUGUACACUUGAAAACGUUGGCAGCGUUAAGAUAAAUUCAACAGUGCAAAUAAGUUUCGAUGGAUGUAAUAAUGGAGUACUGAAUGGUUUAGUUUUUGUAAAAUAUGCAAGGAUUUGUGAUAUGCAAAAUGAACCAUGGAAGAGAAGAAGGGGUCAUUGAUAUUUUAAGGGUGUUUAAAUGAGUAUUCUAAAUUGUAAAACAGAAAAUUUAAUAAAAAUUGUGUGUGUGUGUGUGAAGCUGUCAGCAUGCAACAGUGGCCACAAAACUGGGAAAUGGCUUUGAGUGGCCAGCUAAACCAGGUGAGGGUAGCUGCUGUGUCUCAAACCCUCCGUGAGUUAGGGGCUUCCCCUGCCUUUAAAGACAGGACCAAUAGUGAUUGGAUGGGUCCAGUGGUCAAGAAGGCGAUUUCUGCUUUAUUUUAUUUAUUUAUUGCAUUUUAUAUCCCACCCUUUUCUUCCAAGGAGCUCAAGGUGGUGUACAGUGGUACCUUGGGUUAAGUACUUAAUUGGUUCCGAAAAGUACUUAAUCCAGGUGGCGAUAGCGCGCAUGUGCAAAACGCCGAUAGAGCACUUCUGCGCAUGCGCGCAUGGCAGAAGCCGGAAGUAAACACUUCCGGGUCCGCGGAGUACUUAAACUGAAAGUACUCAAACUGAAGCGUACUUAACCCGAGGUAUGACUGUACGUGGUUCUCCGCCUCCUCGUUUCUUCCCUGCAACAACCCUGUGAGGUAGGCUAUGCUGAGAGGCAGCGGCUGGCCAAAGGUCACCCAGUAAGUUUCCUGGCUGAGUGGGGACUUGAACCCUGGUCUCACCAACGCUUUAACCACGAUACCUAACUGGCUUCCCAUUGAACACUCAUGCAGCUUAAUCAACUGAAACUUAAUCAACUGUAAACGCAGGCAGCUAAGCGAGGAAGAAGCCAUGCCAUCAGCGGCUGGCCACCAACCCCUUCCUGGCAAUUCCCUUACGAUUUUAAGUCUGCUUCUUCUCUUCCCACAGCCCUGCACCUGGCAUGCUCAGGCCAGCAUGCUGCAUGUGUGCAAAUUCUCCUGCAGGCGGGGUUGCGGGACUCCCCUGACAGUACCGGAACGCAUGCACGGCAGCUUGCGAAGA